AUGGCCCCACCCCACCGUGCCAAUCCUUUCCUUGGACUAGCGAGUGCUUGGCAUCAUUUGUGGACUUCAGUGCACCGAUACAGGCUAAUCGUCACGCGAGCAAUCCUCGGUACCCCAAAAGAUGCUCUGGCCACAUUCCACUCUGUCUGCAACAUGACCGAUAUCAAGCGGCGAGACCUUGCGGCUCAUUCUUGA